AUUUAUUCUCUCAAUGGUCAUUUACAAGCAUACAAGGGGACAUCAUGUGGAUAUUUAAUUUUCUUGCUUUAGUUUCCAGUAUUAUAGCAGCAGGUGCUGGUGGUAUUCAUGCAGAAGAGAACGCAGUCAUCAUAUUUGGAGGAGGCAUUGAUGAAGGUAAAGCUGAAGCCUAUCCAGCUUCCUGUAAUCUGGACCUGCCUGAAGACACAGGCAACUUGUACGGUAUAGGAGCCACUGUUUUAGACGGUAGCGUUUACUACUGCGGUGGGAUGACAUUUGCACAGGGAGAUUAUAGGAAAGUCUGUUACCAGAGUAUAUUUGGUACAUGGGUUGAGAAGGAUCCCAUGUUAUUCCGACGGGCAUACAGCCCCUUAGUCACUGUUGGAAGCAACAUUAUAGCUUGGGGAGGAUGGGACGAUUUUGUGGUUCACGAUACUGUUGAGAUCUUCGACGGAGAGUCAUGGAACCUUCUCCCUUGGAGGAUGACUGGGAGACGAACUGAAAUGUGCGUUGUUCCAAUCAGUGAUCGAGAGGUGAUCAUGAUCGGUGGAUAUACUGGAGAUGAUCACCUCAACACCGUGGAGGUUUACGAUAUUGAAGAGGGAUGGGUUGCAACCCUCCCUGAUAUGCCGACAACAAGGCGAGGACUAGCAUGUGUAAUGCACGAGAAUGAAAUCUAUGUAGCUGGAGGACUUGAUAGUUAUUCAACAACUCCAUCCAAGAAUACUGUUGCAGUUCUCAACCUUGAGACUCUAAAAUGGAGAACAAUGGCCUCGAUGAACCAGAACAGGCACUACCUGACCAUGGAGGUUGUCAACGGCUCCCUCACUGUAUUCGGAGGUUGGGAGGCUGGCAGCAAGUCCCUGGAGGUGUAUACAGAGGGAGAGUGGAUUGAGAAACCUCUUGGGUACAAUCAUGCGUUUCAUGCCUCAGUGUCUCUUCCUUGUGUUUAACUUGUGCUACAAAUGAAAAAUAUAAUUUAAAGUUGAUGAA